AUGAAAAAAGAAAUGAAAAAAUCUGGGAAGAGCUCUUCAGAUUUGAAAGAUAAAGGCAAAGAUGUAAAGCCUAAACAACCACAGCCACGACUAAAAAAAGAAGAGAAGUCAGAGCCACAAGUGAAAACAGAAGAAAAACUAGCAUCAUCUGAGAAAAACCAAACACGCAAACAGAACAUCACCAGACCAGAGCAAGUUAUUCCUCAUGGCAAACCAGAACAAAAGACUCCCAAGCAAAUAAAAGCUAUUACAGCAGAAAAGACAGAAAAAGCUGAACACCAGGAAAAAGCCCACCCAUCCAUAAAGACAGCGGGAACACCAGAAGUCACAGACUCAGGGAAGAAGAAAAUCAAAAAAUCUGAAAAAGAAAGUAAAGUUCCUGCAAGACAAGAAAAUCUUCAGGUGCACAAUGUGACGAAAGAAGACUCCAAAGAUGUACCACAUUCAAAAAAAGAUAAAGAAGUAACUGAUGAUGUAUCAUCACCAAAGAAGCAAAAAAGUCCCAUCAGUUUCUUCCAAUGUGUCUACUUGGAUGGGUACAACGGCUAUGGGUUUCAGUUUCCUGUCACUCCUGCCCAACAUCCUGGAGAGAACCCUGGCAAAUCAAACUCUCCAGGACAGAAGCAGCAAGAACAAUAG